CUCCCUCCCGUCGAUUUUGUCUUCCUCUCCACUUCUCUCCCACCCCUCUCUCUCUGCUACGCCUACGCUCCACUCUCUCCUCCCGUCCCGCCGUUGCAGACGCAUCCAACCUUCUCCUCUCGCCUCCCCCACCCAGUCACCCCUAAGGGCUUGCCCUUGCUGCGGGGGAGAGAUACGCGCGCCCACCGUCCCCGGCGGCUGCGGGGAGCUAGCGCGUCACUGCCCGCGCCCAGUCGCCGUAGAGGCGGAGGCGCUUGUCGGGGGGAAACACCACCCUGGCCGGGCUCCUUUCUCGUGGGCGCCUCCGGAUUUGCUAGGUUGUGGCGCCGGGUGCGGAGCCAUGUCGCAAUCUCAGUCUCAGUCCCAGUCUCAGUCGCAGACCAACUGGGAGGCGGAUAAGAUGUUGGAUGUCUACAUAUAUGACUAUUUUGUGAAGAGAAAUUUGCAGGAAACUGCAAAAGCCUUCCAAACGGAAGGGAAGGUUUCACCAGAUCCAGUUGCAAUUGAUGCUCCUGGUGGCUUCCUUUUUGAAUGGUGGUCGGUAUUUUGGGAUAUAUUCAUAGCAAGAACAAAUGAGAAGCAUUCAGAUAUUGCAGCAUCAUAUAUUCAGACUCAGUUAGUGAAAGCAAGGGAACAUCAACAUGAGCAUCAGCAACAACAGCAAUCUCAGCAGCAAACUCAGCAACAGCAGCAGCAGAACCAACAACAACAACAACAACACCACCACCACCAACAGCAGCAGCAACAACAACAACAACAGCAACACCAACAACAGCAACACCAACAACAACAGCAACACCAACAACAGCAACACCAACAACACCAACACCAACAGCAACAAUCUCAGCAGCAGCAACAAUCUCAACAGCAUCAACAAAUACAAAUGCAGCAAAUGUUGUUACAGAGAGCUGCACAGCAGCAGCAGCAGCAGCGUAGAGAUGGUUCUCAUCUUCUUAAUGGCACUGCAAGUGGGCUUUCUGGAAUUGAUCCUUUAAUGCGACAAAACCCAGCAACUGCGAAUGCUAUGGCAGCAAAAAUGUAUGAGGAGAGGUUAAAGCUCCCUUCUCAAAGGGAUUCUCUGGAUGAGGCAUCAUUGAAGGUGCAGCAAAGGUAUGGGGAAAAUGCUGGCCAAGCACUUGAUCCAAACCAAACGUCGUUGAAAGCAGCCGCAGGCGGACAAUCUUCCGGGCAAAUUUUGCAUGGAACUGUUGGUGGAUUGUCAGGUGCUCCGCAACAGGUUCAGGCAAGAAGCCCACAAAUGCCUAUUCAAGAACAGAGUAUCAAAACUGAGAUCAAUCCAGUUUUGACACCCAGAAGUGCAGGUCCCGAGGGAUCAUUCAUUGGUGUCCAAGGAUCUAGUCAAGGUGGAAGCAAUUUGACUCUGAAAGGUUGGCCACUCACGGGCCUCGACCAGCUUCGCUCCGGUAUCCUGCAGCCGAAGUCAUUUAUUCAAUCUCCGCAACAACAAUUUCAACAGCUCCAGUUUCUGAAUCCACAACAGCAACACCAGCUUUUGAUGCAAGCGCAGCAAAACAUGGCUUCCCCUACAGUUAGUGAUGUUGAUACCAGAAGAUUAAGGAUGCUUCUUAACAAUAGAAAUAUGGCCAUGGGGCAGGAUGGGCAGACAAACAGUGGUGGGGAUAUUAUUCCAAAUAUUGGUUCUCCUAGCCAAAGUGGUGGAUCACGUACAGAUAUAGACAUGCUAAUAAAGAAGAAAAUUGCUCAUUUACAACAGCAACAGCAGCUUCAGCAAUCUACAGUCUCCAGUCAGCAGUCUCAGAGCUCAAAUCAGCUUCUCCAGCAACAGGAAAAGCCUGGAGUUGGAUGCAUGCCUAUUGAUGGAAGCAUACCAAACUCUUUUGUAGUAGCUGACCAAGCAUCAAAGAAGAGAAAGAAACCUGUCUCCUCUAGUAGAGCUAAUAGUUCAGGAACAGCAAAUACUGCUGGGCCAUCUCCAAGUUCUGCACCUUCGACACCUUCCACUCACACACCAGGAGAUGCAAUGUCCAUGCCACAGCUGCUGCAUAAUGGUGGUCCAUCAAAACCAUUGAUGAUGUUUGGUUCUGAUGGCACUGGAAGCUUGACCUCUCCAGUAAACCCACUGGGUGAUGUGGACCGUUUGCUGGAAGAUGGCUCCUUGGAUGAAAAUGUAGACUCAUUUUUAUCACAGGAGGAUAUGGAUCCUCGGGAAACCAUGGGGCGCUGCAUUGAUGCCAGUAAAGGGUCUGGUUUCUCCGAGGUUGCAAAAGCCCGUGCAAGUACAAGCAAAGUUAGCUGUUGCCAUUUCUCGUCAGACGGGAAACUGCUCGCCACCGGAGGCCACGAUAAAAAGGCUGUUUUAUGGUUUACAGAUGCCCUAAACCCCAAAUCUACAUUAGAAGAGCACUCGAUGCUUAUUACAGAUGUUCGAUUUAGCCCAAGCAUGACCCGCCUUGCAACAUCUUCCUUUGACAAAACUGUGCGGGUUUGGGAUGCUGACAAUCCAGAUUAUUCACUCCGCACUUUCACGGGUCAUUCAGCGUCUGUUAAGUCGCUUGAUUUUCAUUCAAAUAAAGAAGACAUCGUUUGCUCCUGUGAUAGUGAUGGGGAAGUGCGCUGCUGGAGCAUAAACAAUGGUAGCUGUGUGACGUGUGUUAGGGUCUUCAGCGGAGGUGCAACUCAGUUGAGAUAUCAACCUCAUCAAGGGAAAUAUCUUGCAGCUGCCUCUGAGAAGAUGAUAUCAAUAAUGGAUGCAGAAACACUACAAGUGUGUAGGAAUGCCUUAAAGGGACACAUAAAGAACAUCGAGUCAAUUUGUUGGGAUGCUGCGGGUGACUAUCUGGCCUCUGUAAGUGAAGAUUCUGUCAAGGUGUGGUCAUUUACUUCAGGAAAUGAUGGCGAGUGUGUGAAUGAGUUGAAUUGCAGUGGAAACAAGUUCAAUUCAUGUGUUUUUCACCCGAAUUAUCCGUCAUUGCUUGUAAUUGGUUGUUACGAGUCCUUGGAACUUUGGGACAUAAGGGAGAAGAAUACAGUGACCAUCAGCAACGCCCAUGACGGCUUAAUUGCAGCCCUAGCUGCAUCAAAUGCAUCAGGGUUGGUCGCCUCAGUAAGUCAUGAUAAGCUUGUCAAGCUCUGGAAGUGAGAUCAGGGAGCAACCUUCCUUCUACAUCACAUUUUACAAGUUGGUCCCUGCGGACAUCUGUCGUCUGGUUCCAGCCAACGUUGCAUGAUGUAGAAACAGGGUGGUUUUCUGCCGCAGAUAAACACAUGACGAGGGCAGCUAACGAAAAUGUCUUCAAGCUAUCUGUGUUCAAGAACUAACCCAAUUUGAUGACGUCCCAGUUGCUACACGUGCCCUUGGAUAGGUUUGUAACUAUCCUUGUAGAAUGUACCAUACUCUGUAGUGGCCUGCGCAAACUCUAGAGUGUUGUUAUCAUUGAAUGGUCACAAGCACAGAGGCUUUUAUGUAUUUGCUGAUUCUGACUGCAUUUUUCUCAACUGCGUUUGCUCUUAUUUCCA